CAAUGGCGACAAAUAUAUUACGCCCAAACCACUCUGACAGUGGACUGUACUGAGCUUACUUUUUACGCAGCAGCUUCUUCUGUGCUUCUGAGAUCUUUUGUUACAGUGAUCUCUGAGCGCACAUAUUUCAUGUGGACGGAGCACAUUACGUUAUCUCGGACUCUCACUGCUUAAAUGUCAGAGAAUUUCUGAAGCCCUGUGGAGAAAAAUUCCGGAGAAAUUGUGAAGAAAAGUCCUGGAAAAUUGUGAAGCACUGUAGAGGAAUUGUGAAGCCCUACCUGUCAGAGAUUUUCUGAGGAACUACAGAGAAAAGUCCGGAGAAUUUCUGAAGCACUGUGGAGAAGAGUUCUGGAAAAUUGUGAAGCACUGUAGAGGAAUAUUGAAGAUCUGUAGAGAAAAAUUUGGGCGAAUUUUUCGGUGCUUUAAUGGCGGCGCUCUGGUGGCUGGUUGUGGUAGCGGUGGUAGGAUUAGCGGAGGGAAAUGAUCUUUCGCCGCCGCCUCCUGCCGGUGUGCUUUGUACAACUUGUACUACUUGUCAAAACCCUUGCGCUACUCCGCCGCCACAGGCGUCUCCGCCUACGCCAGCGUUAAUCCAGCCGUCGCCGCCUCCGUAUCAGCUAAUCCUGCCGCCGCCGCCCCCGCCUGCUUUAGUUCUGCCUCCGCCAUCGCCAUCUCCGCCGCCGCCUUCUUCCGUUGUGGUGAAUAAUAAAUGUCCUCCGCCGCCGGCUUCUUCAUCUUCGCCCUGUUCUUCUGGAUGCGGCAGCGGUUCGAAUCCUGCACCUUACCGCUACAUUUUCCCUACUCCGCCUGGUUAUAAUUCUACCUACGCUUUUCUUUACGGUCGCGCCGCCUCCUCAAAGAUGCUUCUUCGCCAAUCUUUGCUGCUUAACAUGUUUCUGGUUCCUGUUCUAGUGUUGGUUUUUAGGGUUUACUACUGAGUAGGUUUUCGGUGCCCCUCUCUGGGGUUAAAUUUAGAAAUGUAUCUGGCUAUUAAUGGUUAUUUGCAGGCAGAUCUGGUUUAUUGAGCCCUGUGGAGUUUUUCUCCGUGCGGAAGAGCUCGUUGAGCGGCGGUGCUGAUCUUUGAUGGACUUCUGUGAGUUCGGCUGGAUCUGUUUGUAAGCACAGACCCCCAUUCAGUAAAUAAUGCCUAAUUUUCUACCUCUCUAUUCAAAUAAAGCUCUGAAUGGUGGAGUCUUUUCUUUGCAUCUUGAAAUCAAUGGCAAAUUAAGCUCUUUAAGCUCUGUAAAUUCUUCUGCUCAUGCAAUCUAUUUCAGUUCAACUUUUCGUAUU